GAGAAAGUUUCUCCAUGAUUGCCCCAAGAACUGUUAAAACCCUUGCAACACAAACAAGAUCAGGCGAGUGAAACAGACCUAAAUACACCAGAUUAUGACAAAAUCUAUAAAACUUAUUAAAACAUGCAACACUGUUACAGAACAACAGUUCAGGCUGUGAUUUAAACAUCUGUUGGACUAGUUGAAAGUGAUACUGUGGCGGCAGUAAUGUGCUAUUUCUGUGUAUGGCUUAUGUCUGGACUGCAGCAAGGUCACUUCAUUGGCCAAGGUUACUGUCAAGGCAUAAAGCCCCGAAAGGACACUGACCGCCAACGGUUUACUGUUAAUUCUUUUAUCAACAGUCCAUUAUCCCAACUGGAUGGAGAACAAGCUCAGUGCAUAAUAGUAUUUCAAACUGCCUUUCCCAUUGUCCUAAAUAGCAUGAUUUGUAUCUGGCAGUUGUUUGACCCAAAUCAGAAAAUGAAAGUAGCCUGUGUACGUCGCUUUACCUUGUGCCAUUCAGGUAUGACACAUGGUAACUGAAUCAAUUUAUGUCAAAUGAUUUCUGACAAUUUUUGGAGAAUUAUUUGAUAAAUAUCUAGUUGUUUACAUUCUUAUUUAAGGAUUGGAACUACUAAUGGUUUGCAAACGCCUGAAGCUUAAUUUAAUUAAUGGGUGUUUCUUCACUUUUUAACAUUUUUGAAAUAAAAGAGCCAAUUCCUUUGUCUUGCUAAGGCUAAUUUCAUAGCUAAAGUUUUAUGUGUCCUACAUGCACACAAUUAAAUAAUAUUUUCACACUUUUAUGCAUAAUUUGGCAAAAUUACAGCUUGAUUGGAAAUGACACCCAAUAAAAAUAUUCUACUCAAAAGUGAUAUUUACCACAAAUUUUCUUCAUCACUUGUCUUUUAUUUCGUCUCAAGUAUGCUCUUCACUGACACUUUUGUCGACUUGGUUAAUAAGUACACUAACUUAAUAAGUAAACUAACUAAAAAAAAAAAACUUAUUAGGGUCAGAAUUGUUUAGUGUGGUGGAAAUUACAGUUGUAAUUUUUUACAAAUUGGCAGAAAUAAUUUUCACAAUAAAUUUUGAAAUUGUUUAUUCCACUUUUUGUUUAGAUUAUCAUAGUUUUACACAUGUAAUAAUUUGUGUAUUUAUAAUUUUCAUAGUUUAAUAUUGAAAGACUGGGUCUGGGACAAAUCUAUACAUUAAAGGCAUUUGCAAAGUACCAAAAAUAAAUGAUAAAGGCCUGUUUAAAAAAAGAUUUGAAGUCAGUUUUAAUGUGACCUUCAUAUAACAAAAAGAAAAAGAAGAAAAAGUAGAAAUCUGUUUGUUUUAAUGAAAAUCAACCCCUGGGACAUGAAAGUGCCUGAAGUUGAAGAAACGCUCAUUUUUUAUUACGUGGCCCUCUGGAAUACCUGAUUCUGAUUGGUCAAUCACGGCAUUCAGCUGUGAAAUAUUUCUGAAGAAUGAACUUUGUCAUUGGCAACACUGUAUUGGAAACAUAGAUUUCUUACAUGCAGUGCUUGUGUUCUGUCUCUCGUACCACUCUAAAUUAAUUUAAACUCAAAUAAAUAUUUCAUGUCCAUUUACUUAUUUAUAUUCACGUCAUCAUGAUUACCCUGUCGGGGUUUAUUUUGCAAUAGAGCACCACAGUGUCCACCCACCUUUUCAGCCAUCUUUGUUCCGGAAGUAUUUUCCCCGUUAAUUUUUUCCACAGGCUUUUCAUACAAUCCUUCAUUAAAGAGUUGUAAGCCAUGAAUCAAACCAACCAGCUCCGAGGUGAAUCACAACAUCACAAACUUUGUUGUAUGGCAAAAAAGUAUUUAAAAAGUAAAAAAAAUAAAUGCACAAGACUGUGUACUUAACAUCUUUUAUGAGGGCACGAACUACUAUCUCAUGAACCAUUGUGAAUGAUGUAAUUGAAUAAAAAAAACAAACAAUGGAAAUAAAUACAACUAUUGCUUUUAGGUUGUUGAUUAUAAGUAUAAAAACUAAUUAUGUUUACUGCAAAAUAUUCGGAUUUAAAUACAAAUAUACAAGUAGUUCGAGAGUGUAGGGAGACGAACUCGAUUGCAUCAUACACAGUGUGUUGUGGGCGGUCGCUGCUGGACUUGUUUGGCAGAAUUUGUUGGCUGCAGUUCUCUGAUUAGUGGAUCUCUUCAGAAUUAUGGGUAGUGUAGUUGUUCACCAGGAUUUCCGCUAUUAAACAUGAUUUUAAAACAAUGAAGUUGAAAUAACGCAGACUGAUGGCUUCAACAGAAGCAUAUACCAUUGAUGAACAACCUCGGAGCUCAUGACACUGAAACCUUUGAUGUAAUCGAACUGGCAGAACAUGUGAAGAAACAAAGGUGGUGGAACAAAAUGUUUGGCAAAAAUAAUUCUGGACCUGCCGCUGAGAAGUACUCGGUAGCAACACAGCUGGCCAUUGGAGGCGUGACGGGCUGGUGUGCAGGGUACUUGUUUCAGAAAGUCGGAAAACUUGCAGCAUCAGCUGUAGGUGGCGGCUUCUUUUUGCUCCAGAUUGCUCAUCAUACAGGCUAUAUUCAAGUGGACUGGAAAAGAGUGGAGCAUGAUGUGAACAAGGCCAAGAAGCAGCUGAAGCUCAAUUCAGAGAAGCCCUCCAAAGAAGUGAGAACGAAAUUUAAUGAGGUGCAGGUAUUUGUCAAGAAAAACAUUGUUCUCACAGGGGGCUUUGCAGGAGGGUUUCUGCUUGGUCUGGCUUCAUAGGAGCACUCUCCUACACAUUACUAUUAUGUCUUAUACUCCAAGGAUGCCAUUCAACAAUGUAUACAACAGAUUACAGCUUUUGAAGUGUGCGAUAUUGCAGCUUGCAUUAAAUUCAGCACUCCUUUAUCAGUCAAGCCUAAUUAAUAAGUUUAGGUAUGUAAUGAUGUGUUCAUCAGGAAAUAUAUUUAAGCAUGCUAGAAUAUAUUAAUAUAGUAUUUCAUUGGUUUUUAGACAUACAUGGUGUUCAGUUUGUACUUGACGCCCCUGCUACACUUUUGUUACCAUUUAUUUGAUCAUGUUGCUUUAUAUAUUUUGGUAUGAACCAUUUUUGAACAACCAUGAUUUUAUUUAAAUAUGAAAUAUGUAAAAAGAAAUUACACCCUUUAAAAAAAACAUAUUUAAACUUACUGUAAUGAUUCAUGGUGUGCAUUUAAAUGUUCAAAUUCAAAAUUUCUUAUUAUCUACAAUAAAUUGAAACAUCAUUUUAAAGCCCAA